CCGCGGGGAGCUGGUAAGUCAAAGGGGCUCCUGUUCAGUAACCGCUCCUUUCUGACCUUCUUAACUCAGGAGCUUAAUGCUGUGUAAUGGAUUGUGAAUGUCUUCCUUGAAUUUUAUGGUUUGUUGAAUCACCUAUCAAUGAGGACAUCUGGUAUGGCUUCCUUUAAGCAGCAGAGGGUGGAGGAGUUUUAUGAAAUUGGAGAAGAACUGGGAAGUGGCCAGUUUGCUAUCGUGAAGAAAUGCUGCGAGAGAAGCACUGGGAUUCAAUAUGCAGCAAAGUUUAUUAAGAAGCGGCAAGUUCGAGCCAGUCGAAGGGGAGUGAGACGUGAGGAAAUUGAACGGGAGGUGAACAUCCUACAACAGAUCCAGCACUCAAAUAUUAUCACCUUACACGAUGUCUAUGAGAAUAAAACAGAUGUUGUCCUCAUUCUGGAACUAGUGUCUGGAGGAGAGCUGUUUGACUUUCUGGCUCAGAAAGAAUCUUUGAGUGAAGAAGAAGCAACAGCAUUUAUUAAACAAAUCCUUGAUGGUGUGAACUACCUCCAUUCCAAGAACAUUGCACAUUUUGAUCUCAAGCCAGAAAACAUUAUGCUUCUCGAUAAGAUGCCUGUGCCACACAUCAAGUUGAUAGACUUUGGCCUCGCUCACACAAUUGAAGCUGGAGUUGAGUUUAAAAACAUAUUCGGAACUCCUGAAUUUGUUGCUCCAGAGAUUGUGAAUUAUGAACCCCUUGGGCUUCCAGCAGAUAUGUGGAGUAUAGGGGUCAUUACCUACAUACUGUUAAGUGGAGCUUCCCCUUUCCUCGGAGAGACGAAACAGGAAACACUUGCCAACAUCUCUGCAAUGAAUUACGACUUUGAUGAAGAAUUCUUCAGCCACACCAGUGAACUAGCAAAGGACUUCAUUCAGAAGCUCUUGGUGAAAGAUACCAGGAAAAGGCUAAACAUAAAAGAUGCUCUUUCACACCCAUGGAUAAUGUCUCAUCAAAAGGAAGAAGAGCAGAAGACCAAGGAGAGCAAGAAGCAGCAACGCAGGCAGCUGAAGACCAAGCGUCUGAAAGAAUAUACCAUUAAAUCACACUCCAGCAUGCCACCCAAUAACACCUAUGUUAACUUUGAAAGGUUUGCCAAGGUGGUGGAGGAUCUCUCUGUGAUGGAGAUGACCUUCAGUGGGCUCACUUCAGCACAUGAUUCUCUUCAGGAAGAUAUUGAUGCAUUGAUUUCAAUUUAUAACGAAAAGGAAUCCUGGUACAAGGAGGAAAACGAAAGUGUCCGGCACAGCCUUUCCCAGAUCAGGUAUGAAUACCGUAAAGCCGAAUCCAGGAAGAAGCAACUCCAGGAUGAAAUAAAAGGUGUGAAUAGCAUGUUAAACACAGUCGAUGCAAAAUAUGCUGAACUGAAGUCUCAGUUUGAGUCUCUGAAUCAAGAGAUCUCUGCUGAACUCAAAUGGGUCCAGGAAGUAAUUAGCUCUUUUCAGACUGAGCACAUCAGUGAAGGAUGUGUGAAGGGAGACUUUGCUUCUGUCUUCAACAAAGAUCUGAACGAAACUUUGAAGGACUUGUUAAACGGCACAUGCAAUGGAGAACUCAUCACCAGCCUUAGUGUAUCAGAGUCAAGUCGUUAA